CGAAACAAGAAAAAGUGCCGAGCUCCAAGUAGAGAGUAGAGAAUUCAGGUUAGGUUCGAUUCUAGAAGUCAACAAGCAUAAAAGGGCAGGGCAUAAAAUAUUAUCUCGUGUUCUUGCAGUGAAGACCUGAAAUUCGCCAGGGAAUAGGGAGGAGGCUUAGGUGUCAGCUCAUAUCAGAGGCCCACAAAGCCAGUGGUGCGAAUAAAGAGCCGAGCAAGAUUGAAACUUCGAUUCAGUGAUGAUAUUAAUGGGGUACCGCAACAAGGACAGAUUUUUUUGAUCAUGCCAACGCCAACUUCACACCACCACCACCACCACCACCACCAUCUCCAUCUCCAUCUCCACCACCACCAUGAACAACCUUCUGCCCAUCCACCUGCUCUGUCUUCUCUUCCUCUCCAUUCACUUCAAAACCUCCAUUGCAUACACUCCACCGGAGAGCAUAGCCAUAAACUGCGGCAGCCCCGCCGGAACCGCAGCCCAAGAUGGCCGGACCUGGGCCGGAGAUAACUCCUCGGAACUUUUAUCCUCAGAGGAUCUCAAAUCUUCUUCCACCUCCAAAGCCUCAACCCAAGACUACGCCCCACAAAUUCCUUACAUGACUGCUCGCGUUUCCCAGUCCAAGUUCACUUACACUUUUCCCGUCGCCGGCGGCCCCAAAUUCAUCCGCCUGCACUUUCACCCAGCUUCCUACUCUUCCACCAACGCCUCUAAUUCUUUCUUCUCCGUUACUGCUAAUAUUCACUACACCCUCCUCCACAAUUUCAGCGCUUUUCUCACCUCCCGUUUUCUCAAACAAACCUAUUUCUACAAGGAGUUCUGCCUUAAUGUAGAACCAGAGUCGGGAUUGAGCAUUAGUUUCACUCCAUCUCCAGGAUCUUUUGCAUUUGUAAACGGAAUCGAAGUCGUCUCAAUGCCGUCAAAUCUCUACAUGCAAAGUCGAGAAAUCCCCAUUGUUGGCCAAUCUCAAGAGUUUCCUCUCGAUAACGUGACGGCCCUCGAAAUGGUUUACCGGUUAAACGUCGACGGACAAUUCAUAUCGCCGGUGGAAGAUACCGGCAUGUUCCGGUCUUGGUCCGAAGACGACGACUAUAUCAUCGGCACGACUAUGGGCGGAGACCCAUAUCAUAUGGAAGUCGAUAUUGAGUACACCGUAGUUCCAAACUAUACAGCUCCGACGAUACUGUACCGGACUGCGCGCUCUAUGGGUAUGAACCCCGAUGUCAACAGGAAUUACAAUCUUACUUGGUCGUUCCCCAUUGAUUCCGGGUUCAACCACCUCGUUAGGCUGCAUUUCUGCGAGAUCGCACCGGAGAUUACGACAAUUAAUGAGAGAGUGUUCCAGAUUUUCCUCAAUAAUCAAACUGCUGAGGAUGAGAUGGACAUUAUGGUUUACGCACAAGCUACAGGAGUUCCUAUUUACAAAGAAUACAUCGUGAUGGUUCCCGAAUUAGGAAAGCAAGGUCUGUGGCUCGCGCUCCAUCCCAACUCAAGAACCAGACCAAAGUAUUCUGAUGCUCUGUUAAACGGAUUGGAGAUUUUCAAACUCAACAAGAGUGACGGGAGUCUCGCCGGCCCCAACCCGGAACCAAUCCUAGAUCGGAAUCCGCGUCAAAUCGAGCCGUCUCUUCCGAUGCCGGAGCAUCCGAAGAAGAUCAGAAUGGCGCUGACAAUUGGAGCUGCCGUACUGGGAGGGGCUAUUGUGUUAUACGUUCUACUCUACGCCAUUUUCCGGCGACGGACAGCGUUGACGUCCAAGAUUUCAAAGAGCAGCGAAGGAACGUCGUGGUGGUGGUGUCCGUUCUCGCCGGCGGCAUCGGAGUUGACGAAGUCACAACAUCUACCGUCGGGUCUUUGCCGGCACUUCUCGCUGGCGGAGAUCAAGUCCGCCACCGACAACUUCAGCGACGCCCUGGUGAUCGGUAUCGGCGGGUUCGGGAAAGUGUACAGAGGGCAGAUCGAUGGCGGAGCAACGACGGUGGCGAUCAAGCGGCUGAGCGCGUCGUCCCGGCAGGGGGCCCACGAGUUCCGCACCGAAAUCGAGAUGCUCUCGCAGCUACGCCACCUCCACCUAGUGUCCCUGAUCGGGUACUGCGCGGACCAUCAAGAGAUGAUCCUGGUCUACGAUUACAUGGCCCACGGCACCCUUCGUGAUCAUCUAUACAACACAACCAAUCCCCCACUUCCGUGGACCCAGCGGCUGAAGAUCUGCAUCGGAGCGGCACGUGGGCUCCACUAUCUACAUACAGGCGCGAAGCACACGAUCAUCCACAGGGACGUAAAGACCACCAACAUUUUGCUGGACGAUAAGUGGGUGGCGAAGGUGUCGGACUUCGGUCUAUCAAGGUUGGGGCCCACUGACGUGUCACGCACCCACGUCAGCACGGAGGUGAAGGGCAGUUUCGGGUAUUUGGACCCUGAGUACUACCGGCGGCAGCAGCUGACGACGAAGUCCGACGUGUACUCCUUCGGUGUGGUGCUGUAUGAAGUCUUAUGUGCCAAACCACCAUUGGAUAAAAGCUUGGCGAGGAACGAGAUGUGCUUGUCGGAGUGGGCCCGGUCCUACCACAAGAGCGGGAGGCUCGAUCAGAUCGUUGAUCCGUGUCUGAGGGACAGGAUUGCGCCGGAGUGUUUGAAGAAGUUCGAGGAGAUCGCGUACAGGUGCCUGCUUGAUCAGGGAAUCGAACGGCCCACGAUGGGCGACGUGGUGUGGAACCUGGAGUUUGCGUUGCAGUUGCAGGAGAGCGAGGAGGAGGGGAGCGGGUACAAGGGUGGGACUGACAGUGAAGACAGCCAGUUCAGUGCGUGUUUCGUGAGCGGGAGUACCAAUGGUACUGUUGAUGGGGUAAGCGGGUCGACCGGUUAUUCGGCUAUGGGGUUGUCCGGGUCGGUUUUUUCUGAGAUCAUCACUCCCAAAGGACGGUGAGGAUGGGAAGACUACGGGUUCUUGUGUGAGGGCGCGACUACCGGAGAACUAGUAAACAUGAUUGGCGAACGAUAGCGUUUAAGGCGCACGAUGUCUCCAGCUAGUCCUAUUAAUGAGCGACUGUAUUGACUGAUCAUAACGUAGCCUUAUCAUAAUGUAAGUAUUGAGUUUGUGCUUUA